GUUCUCUCGAUGAACUAGGUCUCACAUCUAUGUACCAGUAUCUGCAGAGGGCAAACUUGCCGAUUGUUCCAAAUUAUUUAACAAAAACCGAUGAGGAUAAAGCAACUUUUACCUUUGACUGGAUGAAGAGUGAAACACGCAUCAAACAAAUUUUUAUGAUGGAUGUACUAUUCGGAGCAAUAGUGGAUGCAAAUAUUUACAAUGGUUCUGAGAAUGUCAUUUACGCUGGACAAAUUUAUCAAAAAUGUCCUCUACCCAGUCCUCUGAGAAGAAGGAAGAAAUCUGCCUACACGAAUGUAUUCAAUAUUGUUAAGAGAGAUAAUGAUGAUGACGAAACAGAAACCUUCAAACAAUUAACUAGGAGUAUUAACUCAAAUAUAAUAAAAUUCAUUUUGAAAGAAGUAGUCACCAAUAAUUCUAUCGAAAUGCCUAGUGAUGAUUUAUUAAAUGGCGCCGCUGACAUAAUUAUGGAUAUUUCUGAUGAUAUAGAAGAGUUAGUUGCCAAUCAUACCGAUCCAGAUGCCAAAGAAGAUGACACUUUCGCAAUAACUUUCGCCGAUCUCCAAACUCAAACUGAUCAACUUCUGCAAAAUCCUGAGCCAGAUGUCUGGCUAAAAUAUUUCAACUACCUCUUCAAAGGCACAGCUGUAACAAUAAAUCCCAAGAAAGAUAUGCUAUACGUUACCGCAAUGGAUCUCCAAUUCUUGAAGAGGAUGCUACAGUAUGUUCAGGGAACUGAUGAUAUCAAUUUGGAAUUGUAUAUGUGGUGGGCUACGGUUUACGCAAUGAUUAUCAAUACAUCUUCAGAUGUUGUGGAUUAUAUUUCAACACAAUUGAACUAUUUCUCCAGUGGGUCUUCCAGCAAUGUUGCCAGAUCCAGGUCACUGGAAUGCGCUUUGCUCACCGACAAUUACCUGGGAUAUGCUGUUAGUUAUGCUCUUGCCGAUCGUUCGUUUCUGAAUACAACAAAACCAAAGGUUGAAAGAAUGGUGAAUGAAUUGAAAAAUGCCUUUGUUGAACAUGUCAAUGGCAUAAACUGGAUGGACCGAGCUACAAAACAGGUGACUUUGGAAAAAAGUAAAGAAAUGUUGACUUUUAUUGGGUACCCAGAAUGGCUUUUUGAAAAUGGACAAUUGGACAAAUACUAUGCUGAUGUAGUGAUAAAGGAAGAUACGUUUAUGGAUAAUAUGAUCAACACAAUAAUAUCCCAUAAUUUAAAAAAGAUGAAUUCACUCAGGGAAACACACAAGAGAGAUUGGUACAGUGAGCCCAUCGAGGUUAAUGCAUUCAACUCUUUUUCGGAUAACGCUAUCAAUGUUCCAAUGGCUAUAUUGACUUUUCCCAUGUAUAACCUGGGACUAGAGGUACUGAAUUAUGGUUCGAUAGGAGCAAUUUUAGGCCAUGAAUUAACCCAUGGUUUCGACAAUAUUGGUAGGAAACAUGAUAAAUAUGGCAACUACGUACAAUGGUGGAGUAACCAAACCAUUGAAACCUUUGAAAACCUCACUGACUGUUUCAUUAAACAAUACGACAAUUUCACAAUUGACGGCAUUGAGGGUCAUUUCAUGGAAUCACAUGCUAGGAAUCCAUGA